GAAUGAAAAAGGCUAUAUUUGGAGGGAGCUGAUGUCACAAGUGGUUUGAGCAGAGAGCCUAUAACUGUUGCAGCCGGCUUGUGUGACAGUCUGACAAACCUUGGACUGCUCCAGUGACAGACCAACACAGCAGAAAGGAACUUCUCUACACUAUGUAUCACCUGAGGGUACCUGUGCUUCUCCUAAUGCUGCUUGUGCUGCUGCGCUGCGUCACGGCUGCUCCAAGUUACAGGUACUUCAGUCCCAGCUCAUCCAGCGAGCAGGAGAGCGUCCUGCCAGACAGCGAGGGCUGGCUGCUGCCUGGACUCAUCUCCAACCCGUUCCUCGGACUCAUGGGUUCACGGCCACGAAGGGGGCUCACAUCCAUGAACAGUCACCACAUAGAGAAGAGGAAGUGCAACACAGCCACCUGCGUCACCCAAAGGCUAGCUGACUUCCUGGUGCGGUCCAGUAACACCAUCGGUACCGUUUACGUACCGACCAACGUGGGAUCGGCCACCUACGGCAAGCGGGAGCUACUGCAGCCUCCCAGCUACCUGCCUCUCUAGUACCGACCAGCCCUCCCAGUGCUGCGAUGGUAAAACCAUCAUCUUAUGUAACAAUGAUCGUGAGAAUGACGUUAUAAACGCUGACACCGAUGGCAAUGAUCACUACGAUCACAGUUUUCUUGGUUAGUUUUAAGGAAACAGUGCCUUUAAUUUGAAAUCAAAGUCAAUAUGUGUGCGUUUCCUUCUGGCUUUGUGUCUGUUGUGGCUCUGUUAAUGCUGUUCCACAUGAUGUGAAUGUAAAAAGAAAAACAAUGAAAAACAUCAAAGUAAUUAAUAAACGACAAAUAAAAGACAACACAUUUAUAGCGGUAUGAAAUACAUGUUAUCUGUUGUUUUGAUAAUAAAAUUGUAAAAAAUAUAUUUUUUAAAAAUCUU